CUGACCCAGGAGAGAGAGAGAGAGAGGGAGUCGGUGGACGCUCAGUAGUGGUGGUAGCUAUCCUGGCAGUGGCAAAUAUGAGAGGAGAUAAGUUUACAGACUAACUAGGCUGGUCGGCAGGCGUUGUCGCAUUCUUGGUGGGAGCUGGGGGGACCACGCAAACUACGGGACGUCGAGACACCGUGAGACACCGUGUGAAAACUGGAAUAAUAACUGGAUACACACAUUGUUGGGAUACACUCCGCGGCGGGGCGAGUGUGUGUGUGAGCUGUGGCGGCGGUCCUGCUGCUAGCGAAACAUGAACAAAAACCACCGAGUGCCGAGUAACCGUUCUCUGAGUGCCGUGGAGGUGAAGAGCAAGUUUGGGGCGGAGUUCCGGCGGUUCUCCCUGGACCGGUCGAAGCCAGGUCGCUUCGAUGAGUUCUACGGCCUCUUGCAGCAUGUGCAUCGUAUCCCCAACGUGGAGUUGCUGGUGGGCUAUGCCGAUGUGCACGGUGACCUGCUGCCCAUCAACAACGAUGACAACUACCACAAGGCUAUCUCCACUGCUAGUCCACUGCUACGGCUGUUCCUCCAGAGGAAAGAGGAAGCUGACCACUUGGCAUUUGGCACUGAUUCUCUGACCAGGAAGAAAAACACAGUGCUGUCGGCUGUUCUCCUGCGGCCUGACCCGAACAGGAAGAAACCGCCGGUCAUCAUCAGCCUCCCGAAGGACUUCCGUCCCGUCUCCUCCAUUAUCGACGUGGACAUCCUUCCUGAGACGCACCGGCGCGUCCGCCUCUACAAGCACGGCCAGGAGAAACCGCUGGGUUUCUAUAUCCGUGAUGGCUCCAGUGUCCGGGUCACGCCGCAGGGCUUGGAGAAAGUCCCAGGAAUUUUCAUCUCUCGAAUGGUGCCCGGUGGGCUGGCGGAGAGCACGGGCCUGCUGGCGGUCAACGAUGAGGUGCUGGAGGUGAACGGCAUCGAGGUGGCCGGGAAAUCUUUAGACCAGGUGACGGACAUGAUGAUCGCCAACAGCCACAACCUCAUCAUCACCGUCAAGCCCGCCAACCAACGAAACAACAUCGUCCGCAGUGGAGGAGGAGGAGGCGGCGCAGCGUCCGGCAGCUCAGGACGCUCAUCAGACAGUGGCGCCAGCUACUAUGGCUACUCAUCACCUGGUGGUAUCGGCGCCGCCGCCUCCACACCAUCACACAUCAUCCAGAACUUCCACCCAGAGGAGCUGGAGAGCGACGAAGACGACGAGGACCUGGUGAUCGAAGCAGGUGGCGAGGCGGAGCUCAUCCCCUGCGCCCCCUCCGCCAGCUACAGUAUGCCUUCGCUCCCGCGCUAUGAGCCACACCUCAACCUGCGCACCGCUGCCGCCGCGUCCACCUCCUCCAUCUCCAUCAACGCCAAUGGAACCCUGCCCACCAGCGCCAGCAGCGGGUCGCUCGGCAACAUCACGUCAACUACGCCGUCACCGGACAGAGCGAUGGAGAGGCGGAGUCUGGAGGAGGAUGGGACUGUCAUUACACUCUAGAGCACGCACACACACUCUCAUACACAUUUCAUACAUUUCAUCCAUACACUGGAAACCAGAGUUGGACAUUAACUCAAACUUAAACACAUCCAAACACAUUUCACACUGGAAACAUGGAGUCGUGGACCAGCAGUUUCAUUAAGCACAGCCACAGCAACUGUACCUAACUAAGCACAAAGUAGUGUGUACAUAUUUAAUCUGAACUCUACAUCAACACACACACACACACACACACACACACACAUCUUCUACUACACGCCAAAUGACCAUGCAUCCGUGCCAUAGCAGCGACAUAGCCCUAUGUGGCUGAUGGACAGAUGAAGUAUCACAUGUUGAGGAAGGAAGCAUCAUUUGGUAAAGCUUCCCUCCAAAUCACUCCUCUUUCCAAAAAUACAGACACACACUCACACACACACACACACACACACACACACACACACACCCCUCUCUACAUGUAUCAAAACCACUAGAAGCACUUGUUUUUAUCCAGAAGCGGUUGUUCUUCUAAUCUUCCAGUAGAGAGCGAUGAUGAGACAGGUCCUCCUCGCUCGUUUUCUCAGUCCUGUGAACACAUGAGAGCAGAAACUCCUGUGAACAGCUCACUGAGUCCAGAGCUCCAUCUUGCUCCACCACCCUCCUCCUGCGCUGUGUCUUGUGUUUUGUCUUGACUGGAGAAAAAACAGUCAAUGGAGGAUUUUGUCUAGAGCUCUUUUUGACAAUCUGUGGUUGUUUUGUUGUUGCUUUUUUUGUUUGUUUGUUUUUUUGUUUUGUUUUGUUUUUGCCUUGUCACCCUGCACCAGACAAGAUCCACUCCACUUCCCCAGGUGACAGCAGCAUGUGAUUGGUACUCUCGACUGUAUGCGGUACACACAGUAGUCAACCAAGUGCUGAGAUCUGCAAUAAUACUGUAGUCUUUCUUCAAGGAGAAGUGAUAUAAAAACAAUUCUGAGCCCUUUGCUUUGGCUCAGAUGCUUUUAACCACUGUUCUUAGCCGUGUUUCUCUCCUGACUUGUUAUGCUGAUGCUUGCCUGAUUGAUCAUGACAGAUAAAUAAUUUUAUUAAUUCUCUGAGCAAUUGUUGGGAACAACUGGACUUUUGAAAAUCCCUUUACCAUUAGACCUGUGUUUUAUGUUUUGUUUUUGUUUUGUUUUUUUGUCUUUUUUUUUCCUGUUUAAUUUUUUAAUUAUUUUUUACUGAGAAAAGUGUACCUCACAAGUGACCAUGUGACCUAUUUCCAUCUGACCGAUGGGAAGUCGCCAGCCACUGAUCCAGGACAUUACUCUCCUUGCCUGGAAAUGGAACAUUUAAAAAAAAAUCUAUUUCAUGUGUAAUUUUCCUUCUGUUCUCCUGCUCUUUUUCAUGACAAGGGCUGUUUCCCCUGCUGCAUGUACAAAGGUGACAGAAUAUGAUUGUAAAUGUGAUACUCUGUUUUUUUCCUCCUACCUUCAUCCCUUCUGGACCGUGACUCAAUAUCUCAUCUCAGCGCUGUAAUUCAUCUCCCUUUUUGUUAUUUUUCUCUCUAGCCCUGAGUUCACUUGGAUGUGUCCUGAGACGCUCACAUAUGAAAAGUGUCCUCUCCAGUGUUUCCGCUGCAUUUCCUUUUCAUCAUGUUGUUUUUCACUCGCCCUCUCCCCUGAACACAGUUAAUGAGACACUACAAAAGAAUGUAACGCAACGGUAUCGAGAAAAGGAUAUUAAAUUUCGACUUUGAGCCUAGAUUGCACAUGAAUAGGUGGACUGUGUGUUGAGAGAAAACAACAAAGCAACCGGUGGAGUGUGUUGCUUUCUGAUUGAACGGAUGAGUGUUACCAGAGUGACAGAGGAGAGCUACCAGUGGAUUAAAAUGAGCCCUGGUUAGACUGAGUCAUAUUUAAAACCAUACAUAUGCUGGCACACUGGGUACAUAUCAGUGCAGUCUGUAUAUUUGACAAAGGUGAGGUGACUCUACCUUAUGUGUGACUUGGCUCACUUGUGUGUUUGUGUGUGUGUGUGUAUGGUACCUCCAUCAAAGCGGAGCUGUUUAAUUUGGUUGAAAAAGUUCCCAACAAGGUUUUGAGAAACCUUCCCACCCUGCCUUCUUUCACAACCACAGAUCAGGCUAACUUCUUGAACAGAAAGUUUGUAAAAUUCAUGUCUGCAGUGUUUCCUUUAAAGGUGCACCAAGCAAGAAUUUAAUGCAAAAUAGAUUUGCAUCUGUCUCACCAGGCUAAAUCACAGCAAAGGGUCUAAUCCCCUCAAACUGAGACGCUGCAGGUUUGGCCUGUUUGUUCAGGUGAAAUUCUGGUGUCGGGUGUGAACACGUCUCUGUCUGCAGGAAGUGAAGAUGCAUCAUGCAAUAAUGACAGCUGAAGGACUGUUUCACCUGAACUGACAAAAAACAAACAAACGAGCAAACAAAAAACAUGGAGAACUAUGGUGACUCAACUGUCCAAUUUUUUCCAGUGUUUUGUCAGUUGCACCUUAAGGGUCUUCAGUUUAAGGCAAUUUUACAAUUUAAUUUUGCACCCUGAGUCAUACACAAACUGUCCCCUGAACAAUUUUCAGAGAGUUCUCCGUCCAGAGGAAACUGGUCUCAUCAAUACUGGAUGGUUUGCCAUCACAAACAGAUCACAGACCAUCAUAUCAUAUUUACCAUUGUUGGUUGGUAAAUAUGAUAGUGCUGAGUGCAGUUUACCGAUGUCACAUUACAAUAUGUUAUGGGUGUUCAAGGUUCAAGUUCUUCAAUCUAUUACCUCUCACUGUCAUUUGGAGCUUCCGGCAUACAAACGUGCCUAGUGUACCUUUAAAAUGUCUUCGAUUUGGGGUGUAUAAUUCUAUCAUAUGUAUUGGGAUUUUAUUAUUGCUAAUUAGAUUAUGUGUUUUUUGGAGUUUCUCAUCACGCCCCAUGCUCCUCGUUCAAAGACAUCAGUGUGGCACAGUUUUAAUCCCUGCUCAUGAAGCCAAUCUGUAAUAUUUAUUACCCUUUAAAUUCUGCACUAAGUUCUGCCAACUGCCUCCAUGCAGUGGCAGCAGAUGGUCUGGGUUAUUUCUCUUAUUGAUUUUUUGCAUUUGCCCCUCUGCUAAGGAACACUAACAGGGUGGUAACACUGACCAUAGCUCACUCACUGUACCACUCUCCACACACAUACAGGCUUCACCAGCUUCAUCUGAGGCUUUACCUGUACUGAAUAUUAACAAUACAGAUAAACACACACGCGCUCACAGAGUGAAUACAUCUAUCUAUAAGGUUCACAUUUGCGGUAAUGUUCAUUUGUAGUUUUGACUGCAGUGUUAUUGUUCAAAUAUUUGAUGUACCCAGGAUUUCAAACAGUUAACACCCAUGAGGAGGAACAACUUCAGUACAAUUCCACUGUGACAAACACAGAUUAUAUGCGUCCAGAUUAUAUGAGGUACUCUAUUUCCAGCCUGUUAUGGUACACAGGGUGCUGCCGAGUGGGAUUCUGUCUUUCUGUCUUCCCCGACAUUAAACACAGUGAUGAAUGGCGUUCUGAAUGGAAGACUUAGAAAUCAAUGUUAAUUUAUUUUCUUUAUCUCUAACUGUACUACAGGACACUGGGAUUGUAACCACAGCGACAUUGUUAUUUAUUCUCUAGCCAUGUGUCAGCAUAUUUUCUUCCUUUGUACACAUUUUUUUGGACUUUAUUUUUUAUAACUGAUCGUUAUGUUUUAUGAUUGUUCUUUUGUGUGUUGUAAAUCCGAUGGUAGAUCUCAUUCCCCAUUAGAGAUGAUUUGAGUAGAUAAUUAUUUUCUGGCUGAACAAUAGGGGUGUCUAAAAUGGGACUCUUCAAGACAUGACACAAUUAUUAUGUUUUUCCAUACUGUGAAUUAUUUUUACUUGGAGAGACACACCUCUGUAUGUGGUUAUCCUCUCAACAGACUAAACCCUUUUUUGCUUUGAUUUUUUUUUUUUUUUUUUUUAAAUGAUCGAGCAAUGAUUUUUGCUUGCCAGAUAAAUCCUUUAAGGUAUAGAUUUGUAAUGAAGAUUGUCAGUAUUUUCUUAUCGAUGCUAAAUAUGAUGUACAUUUUUAUCACAUUUAAUGAAAAUGUUUUAAGACAAAACCUGAGAUGUAUGAAUAUAUAGGUGCACAUGUGUACUUGGUGAUUCGAGGAGCUGGAUAAAAUAAACUAAUACGUAGCAAUCCUC